AGGGAGUUGUGAUUUGUUCAGAAUUUUGGUGUCGUGAUCAGCCGAACCAGUGGAAUUCCGGAUCAGGAUGGUGUUAUGAAAUACUCCUAGAAGUAGGAUUUGCUGACGGUCCCUAUUAGUAAGGGAAAUGGAAGAAGUGUUUGAUGAUGAAGAUGGAGCCUUUUCCUUCAUUAAAAAACAAGAAAUUGAAGAGGGUGUCCGAUAUGUUGCAAAGAAGAGCCGUAAUAUUGGAUUAACUGAUGUCUCAACACUCAACCAAAAGAAAGUUUGGUGGGCUGAUGACAAUGGGAUACCACAUAUUGCAUAUGAUGGUGUUCCAUUUGUUGUUAUUGGUACCGAAACUAGGGAAUGCCAUCAUGGACCACAACGUCCACAUGGAAAGAAACGGAAGAACACAGUGAAUGAUCAUAAUCAGGCGCAGAAAGGUAGACGGAUUCUGCAAAACACAAAAAAGCAGAACUGCACUGCUGCAGUGAAAUUGAAAAAGAUAUUGAAAUUUCCUGAAUUUGCGAUGGAGGGUGAUGAUACCAGAUGGAAAAGGCAGAAGAUUGCUAUCGAUCUGAGGAAUGAGUUUUCCGCUGAUACAGUCAAACAACUAAAGAUAUAUGUUUCCGUUCCUUCUGUUGAUGCACAUGGGAUCCAUCCAGUGGGUGAAUUAGCAGGUUAUACCAUACCGAUGGAUAAAGAAGUGUCAAUGAAGAUUCGGUCAUGUGUAGAUGAAGGUGUUCGUAAUGUGGCUGAAAUGAGGAGACAUUUGGCCACAUUUGUCGAAACUGAGCUUCUGCCUCAAUAUCCAGACAUAAUGAAAACCAACAGACGUUUCUAUCCAACAAAUCGGGAUAUAAGAAAUAGCAUCUAUAGAUGCUUGUCAGAGACCAGAUUCUCAAGUAAUGACCAAGAAGACCUUAGGAUGUCUGUGGAGAAGUGGAAGAGUUCACAAACGACAGAUAAUUUUUUCUAUCGUCCGGUGUCUUCCAAUGAAUCGGACCCAAACUCAUUCCUGUUCAUACACCAGACAGCCUGGCAGCAGUCACUAUUGCUUAAGUACGGACAGGAAAUAUGUCUACUGGAUGCGACAUAUAACACAACUGUGUAUGACCUGCCAUUGUUUUUCCUGUGUGUCAACACUAACUGUGGCUUCACAAUAGUGGGGUCAUUUUUAGUCGGAAGGGAAUCCAGAUACAACAUUCAGGAGGCUAUUUCCAUCAUUGCUGGAUGGAAUCCCAAAUGGAAACCAAUGCAUUUCAUCACAGACAAUGACCAGCGGGAGAUAGGAGCAAUUGAAAAUUGUUUUCCAGAGUGCUUGGUGUAUAUUUGUGAUUUCCAUCGAGAACAGGCAUGGGAUAGAUGGCUCAAAGAUGGAAAACAUGGUAUUGGCAAUGAAGAUAAAUCAGAUGUGUUGUCAAGGUUGCGGUGCAUUGCCAAUUCCACUUCUGAACAGGAAUAUGAAGAGAACUUGAAUCAGCUACGUGAAAGUUCCGCAUACAAGUGUAACACUACCCUGUCCAGUUACCUUGAGAAAACAUGGAUUGCUCACUAUAAGCGAUGGGUGUACACAUUUAGAAAGGACCUUGUGAACAUCAGAGUCAACACAACCAAUGGGCUGGAAAGGCAGCACAAGGACUUCAAAGAGCAGUAUCUCAAGAACUACACUUUAGGUCGAACUUUGUGUGGAAUGCUGCACAUCUUAAUCAACGACUUUCUCCCACAAAGCAUCACCACGUAUGUUCGAUACCAAGUCCAGAGCAUGAGCUCCUACAGGAAAUACUCUGACAACUUGCCAACAUUUCUGAACGAUACACCGAAAGUGUUUGUGAAACACUGUGUAGAAAGAAUUCCCCCUUUAGCAGAGGAGAUUCAUGCCUCACACAUAAGAAGAGAACCAGACAGAGAUGUGUUUUUGGUUGAAAGUGUCGAUAGUGGUAAAGUUUAUGAACUUUUUCUACAAUCGUCAAUUCCUUCAUGCACCUGCAUUGAUUGGAAAAAGACACACUGGCCAUGCAAACAUAUGCUCGCAGUCUUCAGACAUUACCCAGGGCAUAGCUGGGAAUUCUUGCCGGAAGUGUAUACUAAUAGUCCUUACUUUUGUAUCGACCUUGAGCACACAAACACAAGUAUUUCUCAGACGGAAUCACUUGCCGAAUCCGGUAUGCCUACUGAUGGUGUUGAUGAUCCCAUUAUCAUGACCCCAAGUGUUGACACUGUUAGGCAGGAGUGCUUUGAUGUUAUGAAAGAGAUAAACAGUGCACUGUAUUCUGUAAAUUCUGUUGACAAUAUGCAUGUGUGUCUACAGCAUAUACAGGUCUUGCACAGUGAAGUAAAGAAAUAUCAGGAAUCAGUUAAUGGCCUGCCCAUUCGUAGCUUGCUUCCGCGGCGAAAAAAAAGGUCAUCAAGGAGAAAACAUUUCAGCAGGAGUAAGCCCCGUCCAACAAUUUCAUCAGCUGCAGACCAGCAACAAGAAACACGUUCGUCAGCUACCCAAUGUAAUGUAGAGUUUGAUGGGAUUAUCUAUGAUGACAUCGUUGUAGGCAAACACACAAGUGAUGAUGACAAGGUCAUGCAUGAAAGCAAUGAUAGCUCUCAAGAUAAGGUCCUGCUUGAAAGCAAUGACAGUUUGGUAGAAACAGAUGGUAACCAGGAAAGUGAAUGCAUCAAAAUGAUCAACAAGAUAUGGAGGAAUAAGCAAGGCCAUAACAUUUUACUAGCCAAAAUCGGUCCAUACAACAUUUACGACAACUCGGUGUUGUAUCUUCAAUCGACGCUGUCAGAUGAGGUCAUCGAUGCAUACAUCCAUCACCUCACAAAUGGCUUGGAAAAUGUAUACCAUGUCAAUUGCCUCGCCAUGACAGCAAUAUUCAAUGGAGAGGAUGUAGUCCAUGGUAUGCUGAAAAAGGUGGACAUAUAUUCCUAUGAUACCCUCAUUGGUGCAUACAAUGAAGGUGGUUUUCACUGGACUCUGAUUUUAUUUCCUGAAGAAGCGCUUCAACAUCGGCAUAGAUGCUGUACCUAUCCAGAAUUGGACUCUUUCCUCACCGGAACAUGCCAGACAAAGAGACAGUCAAUCCUGUGGAGUUUAUGUGCUGAAGAUUGCAGAAAAUUACCUCAUGAACAAGGAUGUAGCUUUCUCAUUAUCACCAAAAGCAGUUUUGGACUUCCGAAGGGUCAUUGGAACAAGUAUUCUUGCUGCAACAGACCCAAUUGAUGAGAAAUGCAGAAAAUGCUACAAUGCAGAAGACCGAGAGGGAGAUGGUAGUUGGAUUGCCUGUGACCUAUGUCAGAUGUGGUUUCACAGCUAUUGUGUUGGAGUGCAAAA